GUUAAUUAUAACUCUGACCUAAGUGCCCUGUGACACGACGCCCCAGCGGCGCUGCGGGAGACCCAGCAACCAGGUCCAUGUCCCAGCCAUGCUCCCUGCAGACGUGCCCCUGGCCCACCUGAAUCCUUCACUGCUGCUGCUGCUGCUACUGCAGCUGCUUCCCCCUGCAUCCUCCUUCUUCCCCAACAUCUGGAGCCUCCUGGCUGCCCCCGGGUCCGUCACCCACCAGGACCUGACCGAGGAGGCGGCGCUCAAUGUCACCCUGCAGCUCUUCCUGGAGCAGCCACCCCCAGGCCGUCCCCCGCUUCGUCUUGAGGAUUUCCUGGGCCACACCCUUCUUGCUGACGACCUCUUUGCUGCCUACUUUGGACCUGGGUCUCCUUCCCGGAGGUUCCGAGCAGCAUUAGGUGAGGUCUCCCGUGCCAACGCAGCCCAGGACUUUCUGCCAACAUCCAGGAAUGACCCUGACCUGCACUUUGAUGCUGAGCGGCUGGGCCAGGGGCGCACACGCCUAGUGGGGGCUCUCCGGGAGGCCCUGGUGGCAGCCAGAGCUCUUGACCACACCCUGGCCCGCCAGCGCCUUGGGGCUGCACUUCAUGCUUUGCAGGAUUUCUACAGUCACAGCAACUGGGUGGAACUGGGACAGCAGCAGCCACACCCUCACCUCCUCUGGCCUAGGCAGGAGCUCCAGAGCCUGGCACAAGUGGACGAUCCUACCUGCUCUGAUUGCGAGGAGUUGAGCUGCCCCGGGAAUUUGCUGGGCUUUACACUCCUCACCUCUGGCUACUUUGGAACUCAUCCCUCCAAACCUCCAGGGAAAUGUAGCCAUGGGGGCCGUUUUGACCAGAGCAGCUCCCAGCCACCACGGGGAGGCAUCAACAAGGAUAGCACAUCCCCAGGCUUCUCUCCCCAUCACAUGCUGCACCUCCAGGCAGCAAAACUGGCCCUUCUGGCCUCCAUCCAGGCCCUCAGUCUCCUGCGAAACCGGCUGGGAGACAGGGGUUUCUCCAGGCUGCUGGACAUCAGCCCAGCCUCCAGUCUGAGCUUCGUCCUAGACACCACAGGCAGUAUGGGUGAGGAGAUCAAUGCUGCCAAAAUCCAGGCUCGCCACAUUGUGGAACAGCGACGGGGCAGCCCCAUGGAGCCUGUCCACUAUAUCCUGGUCCCUUUCCAUGAUCCAGGGUUUGGCCCUGUCUUUACCACCAGUGACCCUGACAGCUUCUGGCAACAACUCAAUGAGAUCCAUGCCUUGGGGGGUGGAGAUGAGCCCGAGAUGUGUCUGUCAGCCGUGGAGCUGGCUCUGCUGCACACACCUCCACUCUCAGACAUCUUUGUCUUCACCGACGCCUCCCCCAAGGAUGCCUUUCUCACCAACCGGGUGGAGUCCCUGACUCAGGAGCGGCGCUGCAGAGUAACAUUCCUAGUGACCGAGGACCCAUCGAGGGUUCAGGGCCGAGCUCGGCGUGAGGUCUUGUCCCCUCUGCGUUUUGAGCCCUAUGAAGCAGUGGCCUUGGCCUCAGGAGGAGAGGUAAUCUUCACCAAAGACCAGCACAUUCAGGAUGUGGCAGCUGUUGUUGGGGACAGCAUGGCUGACCUGGUUACCCUUCCCCUGGAACCUCCUGUUGUAGUGUCUGGAAGGCCACUUGUAUUCAGCGUGGAUGCACUGCUCCAGAGGGUCACAGUCCGGAUCCAUGGGGAGGUCAGCAGCUUCUGGAUCAGGAACCCUGCAGGGGUCUCCCAGGGCCAGGAGGAAGGCGAGGGACCUCUAGGUUACACUCGCCGCUUUGGGCAGUUCUGGAUAGUUACCAUCAGUGACCCCCCACAGACAGGGACCUGGGAGAUCCUGGUCACAGCCGAGAGCACACCCCGGGUGAGAGUGCAAGCCCAGACAUCCCUGGACUUCCUCUUCUACUUUGGGAUCCCUGUGGAGGAUGGCCCCCACCCUGGCCUCUACCCCCUGACUCAGCCAGUUGCAGGCCUCCAGACCCAGCUGCUGGUAGAGGUGACAGGGCUGGGCUCCAGAGGCAACCCUGGAGCUCCUCUGCCGCAUUUCUCUCACGUCGUCCUACGAGGGGUCCCGGAAGGUGCCGAGCUGGGCCGGGUGCCUUUGGAGCCCACAGGACCGCUGGAGCGAGGUUUCCUCGCGGCCUCGCUACCGUCCGCACUUCUGUCCACUGCGGGACCUUUCUCUCUGGAGUUGAUUGGCCGGGACGGAGAGGGGCAGAGCCUGCACCGAGCUGCUCCCCAGCCCUGCACCGUGGUCCCUGUCCUUCUGGAGCUCAGCGGCUCCCCGGGAUUCCUGGCUCCAGGCAGCAAGGCCCCGCUCAGCCUCCGCAUCGCCAGCUUCUCGGGCCCUCAGGAUCUCGAUCUUAGGACAUCUGUCAAGCCCAGCUUCGCUCUCACCUCCAACCUCUCCAGGGUUCGCCUGGAACCAAAUGAGUCCGCCUGGGGGCGCCUGUGGUUGGAGAUCCCGGACUCAGCGGCUCCAGACUCCGUGGUGAUGGUGACUGUGACUGCGACAGGUCCAGAAGCCAGCCCAGUGCCCCCGACCCAUGCCUUCCUCCGGCUCCUGGUGCUGGCCCCCACCCCGCAGGACCCGCUGGCUGCCCCUGCCCACUCAUCUGGCCCUAUCCUCGCCUCCACCAGCCCUGCCUCCACUUCGGUGACUCAGGGAAGGGCUGGGGGAGGGCUGGUGGGCAACCCCUGGUGGGGCACAGUUGGAAGGGUGCUGCUUCUGCUAGGCCUGGCCUCCUGGUGACACCAGAACCCCUAGAGGGAUGUGCCUACAGCGCUAUUUUUAGUCUGGCCCCACUGGUGAGAAGGCAACCGGGCCUUGGGACCUGACCUCUCCCAGCUGGGAUGGAGGUUUUCCUUCUCACACACUUGUCCCUCUCUUUCUUUGUGAGAUUGGGAUAGAGGGCAAUGGACUUUCCCACAAUGCACUUUCCCCAACCCUGCUGGGAACCAAAGCAAAUACUCGUUUUUGGAGAAAAUUGGCCUCUAUUUCUCUGUAGCAAAAUCUCUUUACUCCACUAUUUAUUCAUGCUUUCCUAAGCUCAGGUAGAAGGAAAGAUAUAUGGGGAGGAGACUAAAGUUGACAGUGGGGGGUUUAUAGAAUUGUUCUUACUUGAAAUUCUGAGGAAGCUCCUAUUUUAUUUUUGUAUUUAAAGCUGAAGGACAGUUUCAAUAAACAUGUCUUCUCUGGAGAGGGAUUUCAAAGAAAGAUCAUUUAUGCAGAUCACUUAAGGGCGAGUGAGGGCAUAAGACACCAAGCAGAUGAAA